AUGGGGUCUGAUCCAUUCUUGUCUGAACCAAAAAAGAAGAGAAAGCAGAGAAAAGUUGCCGAAGAUGAAGAAAUCGAUAGUGAUGAGUUUGAUUCUGAUAAUGAAUCAAACAAAAAAAGAAAGCAAGUUGAAGAUGAUUUAGAUUUGCAAAGCGAAGAUGAGCAAAAUAAAGAAGAGUCGAAAACUGAGAAAAGAAGAAGGUUGGCUAAGCAAUACCUUGAGGAUUUAAAACAAGAGAAUAUGCUCCCAUCAAACAAUAGAGAAAGUAAUUAUGGGGACGAGGUAGAUACCAAGCAAUUGACUGAUUACACAUUUGAUGCCAAGGACCUAGAUGAUGACAUUAUAGCCAGAAGAUUACAAUUCGACGUUACACAGCAGAAAGGUAAUAUCUAUAAAUUUAUUUCGAAGCAGUUACAGCUUUCGAAGAAGAAGAUUAUAAAUACCGUCACCGAUAGCUACCUAAUGAACCCAACUUGCUUAUGUGUGAACUACCCAUUUUUAUACGUGGUAUCCAAAGAACAAAAAUUGGUCAAGUACGAAAUUACAAACUUAACAAUAGCUCCAAAGAAGGUCAAAUACGUCUACAUGAAACUGAAAUCUGACGAUAAAAAUGGAGAACCUAUGUACCAUAGUGAUGAAAUAACUUGUGUUGCCGUUAGCUCCAAUGGGAAAUUUGUGGUUACUGGUGGUAAGGAUAAACAUAUUUUGAUCUGGGAUACAAGUAAUUUGACAUUACUUAAAAAGAUUCCUCUCAAUCAUAAGAACGCCGUUGUUAAUGCCAUUGCAUUUAGAAAAGGGACCAAUGAAAUUUACGUUGCCAGCAAUGACUUAAAAAUCAGGAUUUAUAAUGUCAAUCAAUUUUCACUCAUCGACACAUUGUUUGGUCAUCAGGACUCCAUUGUUGAUAUCAGUGCUUUGAACCAGGAAAGAUGCGUGACUGUUGGGUUAAGAGACCGUUCAGCCAUGUAUUGGAAGAUUCCUGAACAAACAAGAUUGACAUUCAACAGUAGCAUAUCGUUUGACAAAUAUUACAACCAAUUCCUUAAGGAAAAUAAAGGGUCAGUGAUGAAUAACAGCGACACGAAAGCGGCCAUGGCCAAAGAUUAUAUCCAAGAAGGCAGUUUGGAAUGUGUUUCCAUGUGUGAUAAUAGAUAUUUUGUGACAGGGUCGGAUAACGGGAAUAUCAGUUUCUGGACGAUCCAAAAGAAGAAGCCACUCUAUACCAUGUUUCAAGCGCAUGGGUUGGUUCCAGAAUUGACACUUGAACAAUACACUGGUGACAAAGAGUACAUGGAAGAUGUUGCAGGCUUAAAUGAUAAGCGUGCUCAUGUUCCUCCAAGACAAGCAUAUUGGAUCACGGCGAUCCACGCUAUUCCUUACACUGAUGUUUUCAUUACUGGCUCAUGGAGUGGUGAAUUGAAGGUAUGGCAACUUGAUGAAACUUUGAAGAAGUUCACAUUAUUGUAUAAGUUGAAUGGUGUGAAGGGAGUUGUAAGCAGUAUCGCAGCGGUUGAGGUUGACAAGUUUGAAAACACAAACACCGGGAAGGUUGAGAAAGUCAUUGCGAUUUUUGCUUCAGUGUCCAAAGAGCACAAGACAGGUAGAUGGUUAAAGAAGCCAGCAGGAGCCAAAAAUUCGAUUUAUCAGGCAUUCAUCAAAGUGAAAAGUGACUAA